AUGAAGGAACUUGUGCCGUUUAUAUUUGCAGUGUCUUCGUUAUUGGCAGUUAAUAUUUCAACUGUAUAUUCGCAAGAAACGAGUGAACCCAUUUCUGUACCAAAUAAAGUGAAAAAUGAUGACCCCUGUAAACCUGAUGGUAACAGACCUCCUUUACCUAACUACAGCCGUCCAGGACGGAGAACAUGUACCCAAAGCUUCGAAAAUGAACAUGAUCUUGUCAUAUCAACAAUAAAUAUUGAGGGUGAAGAACCAAUGUUACUUGUACUCGCGUCUGAGCCAGACCCAGACCCAGAACCUACUGAUCCCACGAAAUUGCAAGCCGUCAAGAAAAUCAUAGGAGGACACGGUGCUUUACUUAAGGAAUACCCUCACAUGGGUGCAAUAGGCUGGAGAAGUGUUGACGAAGAACAAAUAUGGAAGUUUCAAUGUGGAUGUACUCUUGUGAGCUCUAAGUUCGCCCUCACCGCCGCGCAUUGCAGCAAAGGAUCCUCAAGGGACACCACAGUGGUCGAUGUUGACCCUAAGAUAGUCAGAUUUGGCGUUGAAGAUAUCUAUGGAUACAGCAAAAGGUAUCCUCCAAUUGAUAGAAAUAUCUCCAGAAUCAUAGUCCAUCCUGAAUACUCCUCGCCUAAGAAGUAUUUUGACUUGGCUUUGAUAGAAUGGCACGAAGAAAUUACGUUCUCUUCCGUCGUACAACCAGCUUGUCUUUGGAAUGGACCCGUGGAUAACUUGCACAACAUUACCAUCACUGGCUGGGGUGAUACCAGAGAAGGAGCUCGGAGCGGGACCCCCAAUCUCCAAGUAGCUACCUUAGAUAUAAUAGACUCCGAGACAUGUGACGAUCUACUAAAACCGUACUGCAGUAGGCUCUGGUGCGGAAUCCAAGAUCAUCAAUUCUGUGCUGGACACUUGAAAGGUGGCGUUGACACUUGCCAGGGCGAUUCUGGCGGACCUCUACAAAUGAAAAUCCCUUUGCCUACUCAAGCGGGGGGGUACAUGCAUUACCUCAUUGGUGUGACGUCAUUCGGGUUUGGUUGUGGACGGGCCAAUGUGCCUGGGGUGUAUACUAAAGUAGCCCACUUCCUUGGAUGGAUUGAAAGUAUUGUCUGGAACUAA